AAUAAUAAUUUGAAACCAUCUCCUCGGAUUUCCCCUUUCUUCUCCGUUUUUGACCUAAUUCUUUCAAGCUCUCCGCAAACAAUGAAGAAUCCCACUGGAAAAGACGAAGAUCAGAAUCGCUCUAAUUCGAAAUUCAUGAAGAGCAAGAAACACAAGAACAUGAAACGGUUGGGAGGGAAGGGCCUUUCGCUCGAGGCGUUCGCGAAUGCUAAAUCAACCACCGAUUACUAUAAUCCGGCUUUGAUAAAAAAGCAAAGAGAGUUCUAUAAAAAUGCUAAACAUGUCAGCAAGUAUAAGAAGUUAGUGAAGUAUCAGAAUCAGCAGAAUGAGAGGCCCUCUAGCUCUACUGUUGGACUUGUUGAGGAUGAAAAUGAAACAAAAUUCGAGAAUCAUACGAACGGCAGACGUGGGAAAGAAAGGAAUAAAGGUGUACCUAGUCUCCAGGCACUGUAUGAGAGAAAGCAUGAAGAGAAAGAGAAAGCAAGAAUGGAGAAAGAAGCCAUUAUUGCUGCAAAAAAGGAAGAACAAGAAAGGGCUAAAGCUAGACGAAACGCUACAAGAGAAAAAAUGUUCAAAAGAACACAAAAAGGUCAGCCAGUUAUGAAGUACAGAAUUGAGCAUCUUUUGGAGACUAUUGGUGGAGCCUCGAUGAAGCACUGAGGCCUUUGGUUUUUUUCAAUGAACUUUGUAGAAGAAUUUUUUGUCGCUUUAGGAAUGUAUAUUUUCUCUUGUACCUUUAGUUUGCUUCAUUAUUCAAUCAAAUGAUUCCAGUGUAUUACAAUUUUUAAUCUAAUCUAAAUAAUCCAAAUGCUUAAUAUUAUCAUAUUGCCGUCCA